GAACUUGUCAUGUCAAAUGUCAGUAUGUAAAUAAAAGUGAAAAAAUUGGAGGGAAAUGGGAAUCUGAAUUGAAUUCUGAUCCACUAGAAUGUCCCUUAAAUUAAAUUCAGAAAUCCACCACUAAACAAGAGAAGAAAAUUUACUUAAAACUAUUUCAAAUAAACUUAUUUUAUUUAUAAUGAACUCAUUAGAAUCGCUGGAAGAGCACAUUAAAUCAAAAAAUAAUUUUAGUAAAUUUAAAGUGAAUUCUGAAGUGCCAGAUAUUUGUAAAUCUGAGGCAUGCAUGCUUGGAGUCGACGAGGCGGGUCGAGGUCCAGUGCUAGGUCCAAUGGUGUAUGGUGUUGCUUAUUGUCCGUUAAGCCAAACAGAUGUGUUGAAAUCUCUUGGGUGUGCCGAUUCAAAAGCUUUAACAGAAGAAAAGCGUGAUGACAUUUUACUGAAAAUGCUUACAGAUGAAAAUGCACGCAACAAUGUAGGAUGGAUUGCAGAAGUUAUAUCACCUAAUUAUAUUUCUAAUUCAAUGUAUAGAAGAGCCAAACAUUCCUUGAAUGAGGUUUCGAUGAACUCAGCAAUAAGUUUAAUCCAACAUGUAAUAGAGCAAGGGGCAAAUAUCACAGAGGUUUAUGUUGACACAGUGGGACCACCUGAAAAGUAUCAGGCAAAGCUGAGUGAAAUCUUUCCUGACAUCAAAAUUACUGUUGCGAAGAAAGCUGACUCAAUCUAUCCAAUAGUGUCAGCUGCCAGUAUAGUGGCCAAGGUGACCCGAGACCACGCACUCAAAGUGUGGCAGUUUCAGGAAGGACUGCAGAUGGACCAGACUGAGUAUGGCAGUGGAUAUCCAGGAGAUCCGCUAACAAAGAAAUUUAUACGGGAGCAAGUAGACCACGUAUUCGGGUACCCUUCACUCGUACGAUUCAGUUGGUCCACAGCUGAACUCGUGCUUCAAGAAAAAGCUGCAAAGUGCACUUUUGAAGAAGUUGAAGAGGAUGGGAAAAAGAAAACCACUAAAUCCAUAAGCACAUUCUUUUCACCCAAAAACGAGAAGAAAAGAAAGAGACAUAAGUUUUUUGAGGAAAGACAUUUAACAGUGGAUAAUGCUUUUGAAUAGCAUUUUGAAUAUUUUAAGUAAUUAUUCAGAUAUAGUAAGGAACACCUUUUGAAUACUAAGGAAUUAUGUAUAAGUAAUCGACCUCAUGCAUUAAAUCCAUAGCACGUUCUUUUGACGCAAAAACGAGAAGAGUUUUUAAGAAAUAUCCGUGAACAACGCUUUUGAAUAGCAUUUAAAAAAAUUGACAUUAUUCAAAAGAUGGUGUGAAUUCUGAAUUGGAAAUUCCUUACUAAUAUCAUUGUAAGAAUUUGACAUUAUUUUGCCAAUAAUUAAAAGUUAUGGACUAAGUAUGAUUUCGAAUAAUAAUAAUAAUUUUCAAUUAAGGACAUGAUAAUUAUUCAGAAAUAAAUAAAAAUCAAUUCCAUUGA